UCAAAGCCGACGGACUGUAGAACUGAAGCGAUGGACCAGGAUCCAACUAAGUGGAUAAAAAAAGAGGAAACUGAUGAAGUACAAACUGAGUUACACUUCAUAGCCCAAGAUUAUGCAUGCAGCAUGAAUGUAAAAGAAGAGUUGGAGGAGGGUGUGAAUAAAGAGUUUCUUGAAGACCCAUUAAAGGCUGGCGACCCUAGUGUUUGCGUAAAGCAAGACCCCGAUCUGAAACACCAUGCUGCUGGAUCUGAGCAUAAUUCGGUUGAAGAUCCAUUGGGAAUAUCUUUGUCCACUGAUUUUAUCAAGGAGGAUCCUGAAUUAAAUAUAACUGAGAAUACUGUGGAAACCUCAACAAGAUGUGCAUCUGAUAGUGCAAGAUUUACUCAGACUACUGGUGGAAGUUGUAGCAUAUCAUGUGAAGAAACUUGUCACCAUAGACUGGUCCAGGAUGAGUUGGUGAUAGACAUGGAGAAGUCAACACAUGGGUUCAGUACCAAUGCAGAAGAUGUGACUAUUGAUAAGGAAUGCACAGUUGCCACCCAAUAUGACUGUAGUACGAGGGAAAAGGAAUUACAUGUAUAUAGCUGUAAUUUCUGCCAACAGAGCUUUUCUUCAAAAUACAGACUCAUAAUGCAUGUGUUUAUGCACAUUGAUGGAACGCAACCACCUUCGUAUGUUUGUAAGUGGUGUGGUGAGGUAUUUCACAGUAAUGUUGGCUUGAAAAAGCAUAUGAGAAUGAGUGAGAAUUGUCAAGUUUUAACUGCUGACAGUCAUGAAAAAUAUGGACAUAGUGAUGAGCAUGAAACAACUAACUUGUUGGAUAGCGAGGGAGAAGUUUCUGUCACAGAACACAAUGAGCAGUCUUCAUGUAAGGAAACUUGGAAAGAUUCAAAGAAGCCCUCUAAUGACAUGUGUAACACACAUAUGACAAAUGAUAGAGACAAAACAAGUAAUUAUGGAACUUUGUCUAUAGCUGUUAAUGUCAGUGCCCAGGCUGAUCUACUUACUGCAAACAGAACUCACAGAUGUGGUAUUUGUGGCAAAUUGUUUGCUAGGUCAUGUGAUCUCAAGACACAUGUUUACAUUCAUACUGGGAAAAGACUUCACAAAUGUGAUAUUUGUGACAAAUGGUUUGCCCAGUCACGUUAUCUAAAGGCUCACACAUUAAUUCACACUCGACAGAAACCUCACAAAUGUGUGAUGUGUGGGGAAUCUUUUGCUAGGGCAAACCAUCUCAAAACACACACAUUGCUUCACACUGGAAAGAAACUUCACAAAUGUGAGAUUUGUGGGAAAUCUUUUGCUGGGGCAGGCGUUCUCAAGAAUCACAGUUUAAUUCACACUGGAAAGAAACCACACAAAUGUGAGAUUUGUGGGAAAUCUUUCACUAUGUCAGGACAUCUCAGAAAUCACGUAUUAAUUCACACUGGAAAGAAACGGCACAAAUGUGAGAUUUGUGGGAAAUCUUUUGCUAGGGCACACCAUCUCAAGACACAUACAUUAUUUCACACUAGAAAGAAAACUCACAAAUGUGAGAUUUGUAGGAAAUAUUUUACUACAUUAAGCCAUCUUAACAGACAUGUAUUAAUUCACACUGGAAAGAAACCUCACAAAUGUGAGAUGUGUGGGAAAUCUUUUGCUAUGAAAGACGAACUCAACAGACAUGUAUUCUUUCACACUGGAAAGAAACCUCACAAAUGUGAGAUUUGUGGGAAAUGUUUUGCCAUGUCAAGCGAUCUCAAGAUACACACAUUCAUUCACACUGGAAUCAAACCUCAUAAAUGUCAGUUUUGUGGGAAAUGUUUUGCCAUGUCAAGCUAUCUCAAAAUACACACACUAAUUCACACUGGAAUCAAACCUCAUAAAUGUGAGAUUUGUGGGAAAUCUUUUACUAUCAUAGGCAAUCUUAAGAAACACAGGUUAAUUCACACUGGAAAGAAACCUCACAAAUGUGAGAUUUGUGGGAAAUGUUUUGCCAUGUCAAGAGAUCUCAAGGUACACACAUUCAUUCACACUGGAAUCAAACCUCAUAAAUGUCAGUUUUGUGGGAAAUGUUUUGCCAUGUCAAAGUAUCUCAAAAUACACACACUAAUUCACACUGGAAUCAAACCUCAUAAAUGUGAGAUUUGUGGGAAAUCUUUUACUAUCAUAGGCAAUCUUAAGAAACACAGGUUAAUUCACACUGGAAAGAAACCUCACAAAUGUGAGAUCUGUAGGAAAUCUUUUGCUACAUCAGGUGAUCUCAAGACACAUGCAUUUGAACACACUGGAAGUUGACCUCACAAAUGUGGUAUCUGUGACAGAAGUUUCACUUACUUGGACACUCUCAAGACACAUGCAUUACUUCACAUCAGAAAGAAACUGUAAGUAUGUGUUAGUUUACACAAGUAGGUUUUCGUGGUUGGUACCCUCAAGGCCUAUAAAAUAAUGUAUGUACCAGGGGACAAUAAAUUGUACUUUCUGUGAAAUAACAUUAAAAUCUCGUAGAAUUGUGAAAAAACUUGCAAUGAUGUGUACUAUAGAGUGCUAACAGAUAAUGUGACAAAAAAAUUCAUAUCUGUAGCUUCAGAUGUCAAGAAAUGGUAUUACCAAAUACUCCAGAAACAUGAAUCAAAUGUGUUUUUGUCAUUAGCACUGCUCCUUUUUCCUAUCGAUCUUGCGACAAGAAGAUUGUGAUUUGUGAUAAAUCCUUACAUUUGUCAGUAAUCAUAAGUAUCUUGCAAUAUUCAGUAUAAAGCCAAGGAAAUGUCAUGACU